AUGGGAGGAUGCUCGAUGCCCUGUUUGUAUGGAGCACCCUCACNAGUAUCUUUCGAUAAAUCGAGAGUGUCUCCUUUCCCUUGUAGCUCUAGUCGCUCAAAACGGUCAUUGUUGAGGAGCCCUUUGGAAGGUGAGGAGAAUGUUAAAGAAUGGGAGGAUGCUCGAUGCCCUGUUUGUAUGGAGCACCCUCACAAUGGAAUUCUACUCUUAUGUUCAUCCCAUGAUAAAGGCUGCCGCCCUUACAUGUGUGACACAAGCUAUCGCCACUCAAACUGUUUUGACCAGUUUCGGAAGUCAUUUUCAGAAAACUCGCCAAUAGUGUUGCCUCUGGAAGAAGAAACUCCAAUUUCAACUAUUCAUUCACCAUCCUUCACGGUGAUUUCAGAAGCAACUGUUUCUGGUUUGCAAGGUGAAAGAAAUGAGGAAGGGUCCACAUCUGUGCACACCAUGUCUUGUGAGAACCCAGUGAAGCCAAAGCUGGUGUGCCCUCUUUGUCGUGGGCAGAUUAAUGGGUGGAUUGUAGUGGAGCCUGCUCGUCACUUCAUGAAUGCAAAAUCAAGAAGCUGUGCCUGUGAGACUUGUGAUUUUAGUGGCACAUAUACAGAUCUGAGGAAGCAUGCAAGGUUGUUGCACCCCCUUGUGCGGCCCUCAGAAGCAGACCCAGAGAGGCAGCGUAGCUGGAGGAGGUUGGAGCGGCAGAGGGAUCUUGGAGAUUUGCUUAGCACACUGCAAUCUUCUGUCGGAGAGGACAGGAGUGAGGAAAGCGUCUUAUCUUUUGAUGAAGGGGGUUGGCUUACUGUCUUUUUCCUAAUUCGAGUUUUCAGACCUGGGAGUAGUUCAAGUAGCAGUAGCUGGUCUGGUACCUCAAGAACCAGAGCCCGAGUGACUCUCAGGCAGAGAUCGACAAGAAGACUUUGGGGGGAGAGCUAUGAUGGGGAACCUGAAUCUGCUUCAAGAGACAUGAGGAGUGAUGUCCCAAAAUUCGUCACCGUGCUCGACGGUUCUACUUUGGAUGUUUCAAUUGUGGAACAGAGAGGAACAAAUGCAAGUCCUAUUGCUUUUACGCUAGAAUCUGGCCGGGUGUGA